AUGCAAGAAAUCAGCACAAACACAUCAAUAAAUAAAAAUCCUUUAUACUUCUUCGUAGCUGACGGCAACAUAGACGAGACGGAGUUCAUCGCGCACUGGACGCUGCUGAAGCUCGGGGACCUCGAGCACGCGGUGACGCUCUUCCAUCGGGCAGACACGGACAGGAACGGGGAGAUCUCCAAGAACCCCGACUUUGCGAGGCUCUUCUAUUACUUCGACAGAGACGGUGACCAUAAAAUCGCAGAGUCGGAGUUCCUCGCGGUUUGGUACAGCUUGUCCACAUAAACAUAUCGCGUAUGUGUCACUGACAAUAAAAUAAAUUACUGACGUAUCCGCUU